UGUUGAGGGCCUUCUGCUGACACGUUACCGGAAGACUAAUGAUGAUCAACUAGGAAAGAUUCACCACUGAGAUCUGUUUAAUAUUUCAUAGCUGGACACAAUGGAUAUUCACAGUUCUUCACAUAAACCUGUGGUGGAGAAACUGAGCACUUCCCAUCACAGUGUUGGAGCAGUUCAAAUGAGGAUAAAGAGCUCAACAACCAACUGUGACCGGCUAAGUCAGACCAAGUCUAUGGUUUUGCCUGAUCCUGGACAACCUCAGAAACCUAUAUCUCGCCAUAGAAGAAAUCUUUCCCAGCACAACCUGAUAGACAUUACAGCCGGAGAGCAGUCUAAUCCUGGAAAAGGUGAAUAUUUGAAUAAAGCAAAAAUAGCAGAUGGAGGGAAGAAAACAAGGAAGAACUGGACUACUACAUGGGUUGUCCUUGAUGGCAGCAAGUUGUUAUUUUACAAAGACAGUAAGCAACAAGCUGUGACAAAUUUGAAACCAGGAUGCAAACCGGAAAGUGUUGACCUCUACGGAGCGAGGAUUGAAUGGGCAGCAGACAAGUCCAGUCGAAAGAACGUCUUUCUGAUAACAACUGGCUCUGGCAAUGAGUUUCUUCUUCAGGCAGAGAGUUACUCCACAAUUUCCAAAUGGCAUGACGCGAUUGGAAAAGCAAUUGAGUGUGAGUCAAAGAGUGGGAAGGUGCACUCUAGUAUUCGUAAAUCUUCAAGCACAGAGUUUCUGAACAGAUGUGGAUCUGAGUCACCCGUCAGCAAGGAGCACAAACCAGAACACAGAAGGUCACUAAUUUUCAAGCUGAACUACAGUGCUUCAGAUAGUGCUGAUAAAAACGGAGUGAAAAACCGUCUGAAGAAGUUCAUUUCCAGGAGACCUUCAAUGAAAACACUGCAGGAGAAGGGCAUUAUCAAGGAUCAAGUCUUUGGCUGCCAUUUGAUUACAUUAUGUGAGCGUGAAGGAACGACAACGCCAACAUUUGUUAAGCAAUGUGUUGAAGCAGUGGAAAAACGAGGUCUGGAUGCAGACGGAAUUUACAGAGUGAGUGGAAACUUGUCCACUAUUCAGAAGUUACGAUUUAUUGUUGAUCAAGAAGAGAAGCUGAAUUUGGACGACAGCCAGUGGGAGGACAUCCACGUUGUCACCGGAGCGCUCAAGAUGUUUUUCCGAGAGCUGCCAGAGCCUCUGUUCCCAUACCGCUUCUUUGAGCCGUUUGUGGAGGCAAUAAAAAUUAGAGAUUACAACCAGCGCGUCCAGGCUGUCAAAAAACUGCUGUAUCAACUGCCAAGGCCUCAUCAUGACACAAUGAAACUGCUCUUCAGACACCUACAAAAGGUAAUAGCUCAGGCUUCGAAGAACCUCAUGUCAACUCAGGGCCUGGGCAUUGUUUUUGGACCAACUCUCCUAUGGCCUGAACUCGACUCGGGGAAUAUGGCAGUGGACAUGGUGUACCAGAAUCAAAUAGUGGAACUGAUACUAACAGAAUGCACAGAAAUCUUUGGAGAUAAAUAAAUCUAAAAUAAGUACUAUGAGAACAAGGACACACCUAAUGGGAAAAAUCUACUUGACGUAUGUGGUCAUUUUGUAAAUAUGACCAGACAAGCACAAUAACUAAAAUGGGUUUAGAUGAUAAUGGAUAUAUUUGAGUGUGUAAUUUGAAGUGUACAUUUAAAAAGCAUUCCAUUGUAGAUUAAAUUGAUUUGUGUUAUUUCAUAUUUUUUAAUAUCAACACUGUGUUGGUAUAAAAUGAUGAAUUGAAUUUUGCAUAUCUACAUGUUUGAAUAUAAAACAAUAUAUUUUAAUUAACUUUUACAGCUGAAGAGUAUUUGGUUGUCCCAAGGUGAGGGAUGAAUGUGAGAGUGAAAAUAAGAUUUGCAGAUACAGAAAUAAAUAAUAGAUACAGAUGUAACAGAGCACUGAGUAUUUUACAGAGGUGAUGCCCAACCACACCCUUAAAAUCUAAACAGUGCAGAGUUCUCCCUUGGCUGGAGUCCCAGUCUUUCAGUGUGGUGGAGUUGACCGUUGUAUAGGGAGCAGCGCUGUGUCUGCUCUGAGCUCGCAAGCAGCUGGAUGAAUCCCACGGGGGCAGACACGAUUUCUACCAGAAAGACAUUGAUUUCAUAACCCCUUCAGAAUAGGCUGAUUGUUUCAAGGGAUAGAUGACACACCACACAAGUGUUCCAAAUUCUGUAUGGACCUGAUGCAUUUCAAGAUUUCUGAACCCUUGUCAGGAGCAUAAGAAGAAAAUUGAGAUAAAGGAUGGAAAGAACAUAAAAACUUUUAUUUUGUAUAAAAUUCCUUUGGUCAGAUAUGACCCACAAUGGAAUAGUGGGGUGCAAAAUUAUGAACUCUAAUUAUAGCUACAUGAAAGAAAUGACUGGGUCGACAUCAGUUGUUCUAAUAAAGUACAGAAAUCUACAACUCUUAACAUGCCUUUUUUAGAUGUUCUAAAAACUCUCCAGUUUUGAGGCUCAAAUAUGUUGCGGCCACCUGUUUUAAAUUUUCAAUGGUCACAACAUUUGAAUUGUUGGUACAGCUUAGUUGGUGUGCAGUCUACCUCUGUAUUCCACAUCUUUAAAUUUUUUUCACCUCCUUCUGAUAGGAUUGAAAUUAUCAGUUUCCUAUGGAAGCCCGUUUCCACCAGGGAGUAAAAAAAAAACGAGCUAUGGUACCUCAGAAUUCCGACUUAG